GGCGCGGCUCCGUCCCCCGGCGCGGUUCGCCUUCGCCCUUCCGCAGGCGGGCAUCUGAACAUAGGCCCGCUGCCCGCUGGGGCUGCUGCCGCGGCUCCGUCCCGGGGUGAACCCUGCCCAGUAAAGCGCCCGUCGGGGUUGUUUUUCCCUUCUUCAAACGCGGUUGACGGUCGGAUCGUGGGAGCCUCUUUGGCGUGAGACGGCAAAAGCGGUGAAGUACUUCCGAGGGAUGCUGAUGAGCCUCUUUCAAUGCACCGCUAGAAGGGUGGUUUCCCAAGCAUAUUGUGGACUUAAGGCUUAUUCUUCUUCAAAGAAACAGAAGUUUUGUGUGGAAAUGGCUCGUCCUAGUUCAAACAUGGCUGAUUUUCGAGAGGUGUUUGCCAAAGCGAAGCACAUAGCCAUCAUCACAGGAGCUGGUGUUAGUGCGGAGAGUGGAGUCCCGACCUUCAGAGGGGCUGGAGGUUUCUGGAGGAAGUGGCAAGCCCAGGAGCUGGCUACUCCAGAGGCUUUUGCACGAAACCCUUCUCGUGUAUGGGAGUUUUACCACUACCGCCGGGAGGUGAUGUUGAGUAAACACCCGAACCCUGCGCAUAUCGCCAUUGCAGAGUGCGAAAAGCGACUGAGCAAGCAAGGACGGAGCGUUGUGGUCAUUACUCAGAAUAUUGAUGAACUACACAGAAAGGCAGGCACAAAGCACCUCUUAGAAAUCCAUGGUAGUUUAUUUAAAACUCGAUGCACCAACUGUGGAAAUGUAGCUGCGAAUUACAAGAGCCCAAUAUGCCCUGCAUUGGCUGGGAAAGGGGCUCCAGAUCCUGAAACAGAAGAUGCCGCGAUUCCAGUUGAACAGCUUCCUCAGUGCGAGGAGGACGGCUGCAAUGGGCUCCUCCGUCCCCACGUUGUGUGGUUUGGUGAAACCCUGGACCCCGACAUUCUCAUGGAGGUGGAGAAGGAGCUUGAUAUUUGUGACCUCUGCUUGGUAGUGGGGACCUCCUCUGUGGUGUAUCCCGCCGCAAUGUUUGCCCCACAGGUAUCCGCCAGAGGAGUGCCGGUUGCAGAAUUUAACAUGGAAGCUACUCCUGCUACAAACAGAUUCAGGUUUCACUUCUCGGGCCCCUGCGGGACCACUCUGCCGCCGGCGCUGGCCCGCCACGAGACGGAGAUCAUCUCCUGAGCCACCGCGGAGCGCCCGGCUGGGGAGCGCCAAGCCUGGCGGCCGCGGCCUGCGCCUGGCGCCCGGCGGGGGCUGCGGCGGGUCGCGCCGGGCUGCUCCUGCCCUGCUCCCCGCUGCAAUAAACAUGCGGCUCGGUUCGGGUCCCGCCGCUGUCCCUCGUACCUCAACGACUCGUCUGUGCGCGCGCGUGCGCCGCUGGAGGGCCGUUACCGGCCGUUGGGCGCGAGGGGGCGGGGCGGGGCCGCGUGCGGCAGGGAGCGCUUCCGGAACGGGGCGGGCGGUGCGAGAGCCAUGGCGCGGCGGCGGCAGGCGGCGGGCAGGCGCGGGGUGCCCCCCGCGCUCAUGGGGCCACCCUCCUCGGACGACGAGGCCCCGGAGGAGGUGUCCUUUGGCGUGGCGAAGGAGGCGGCCGAGACCGAACGGAAGCUCGUGGGGGAGGCGGCCCGGAGGCACCGGGAGCUGCUGAAGGAGAAGCGGCGGCGGCGCCAGGAGCUGUUCGCGGAGCAGAAGAAGCGGAAGCUGCUCCCCGAGGCCCUGCUGCAGGAGCUGGCCGCCGCGCCGCCCGCACGGCCCGAGGAGAAGGCUGCGGCAGCUAACCGAGGUAAACAGCGCCGUGGAGGUGGGGCUGCGAAGCAGAGACAAGGGCAAGUCCAAAGGCAAGGCCAAGUCAAAAAGCUGGUGAAGAAAAACAAGCAAAGAAAGGGUACCAGGUCAAAAGGAAACUAUACAGCUGUGUGCUUAAAAGAUCAGAGCGUAACAGGCCUCCACCAACAGCUGGCCAAAGACUUUAUAAAAGCUCAGCUCUACGGACCACAUGCCAACCGGGCACAGCCGAAUGAUUUUUUUUCCCUUGAAAACAAGAAAAACCCAGUGAAAAAAGCUGCAGUUCAGUUUGUGGACAAAUCAUGGGGGCAAGAUAAAAAGCAGAGAGCGGCAAGGUUUAGAAAACGCUGGCUUUCAACCCAGCUUAAAAUAUGAGUAUGAAGAUAGCUUUUUCAGAAGAUGCUACCAAGGACUGUUACUGGAAGUUGGCCUCUCAACCCAACAAAGGUGUUUUUCUCCCUCACUGUUCCAUCAUCACUUCACUCGAGCUCCAGCCAGCAGUGCCCAGGAGGCACGAACCUUCACAACGCAGUACCUGAACUGACCUCCCUCUUCUCUUCCCUCCCCUGUCUGAAGGGGAAGCUACGAAACAGUUGGGCAUGCGCAGUGACUCUGUAUACUUCAGGCUGAUUUGCAACAGCAGGAGCUACCACCAGCCUUGGAGAGCUGCCUCCAUGAGGCAGCUCCUUUGUAGAGAAUAAAGAUGAACAAUGUUGUA